AUGACUGCUGAAGAGCUAAUAUACCCAGAAAGUGAGCCAAGGCUCUAUUCCUCUGAUUCGGAUUUUGACAGUGAUAACGAUGAAGAUACCAAUAUUCCUUACUAUGAGCAAACCGUUAAAGAAAUCAAAGAUGGUGAUCAGUAUGUGUGCAUGAUUUGUACAGUGGAGCUUGAUUCUACAUGUCGGAUGUAUGCGUGUGAUUCCUGUUAUAGAGUUUUCGACUACGAAUGUGUCAGGGAAUGGGCUUUAAAAUCUACAAACAAAACGUUAGAUAAGUCUUGGAAGUGUCCCAACUGUUACAAAAUCAACCAUAAGAUUCCAAAACAGAAAAGAAGUACCUGUUGGUGUGGAAAAGUUGUCAAUCCAGAUGUUAAUGAGCUAGAUCCUAAUUCCUGUGGUCAAACUUGCAAUGCAUAUUCAUGCGUACAUGGUUGUUCCAAGGUUUGUCAUCUCGGUCCACAUCCUGAGUGCCUGAUCCCUGUGCAAAUUAAAUGCAAAUGUGGAAAACACUGUAAGCAAAUCCCUUGUUCUAGGUCUAAAGUUCUAGGAAACUCCUAUAAUUGCGGUGAUGUUUGUGGUUUACUUUUGCCUUGCGGAAAACACACUUGCCAAAAGACUUGCCAUACUGGAUUUUGUGGUCCCUGUGAAAGUAUAAUAAAAACAGAAUUGCCUUGCUAUUGUGGUUCUGAUGUUAAGUCUGGGAUUCAAUGUUCCGAUCUUAGAGUUUUGGACUAUUCUAAAGAUGUGAGUGGCAAAAAAUGGAUCGGUGUGUAUUCAUGUGGCGAGGUUCGAACUUUACAUUAUUCUUGUGAUCACCAUACAUACGUGGAGCAAUGUCUUGCGCCUGCAGGUAUAGAUAGGUCGAGACCCUGUCCAUUUUCUCCCAAGACUCUCAAGACAUGUCCUUGUGGAAAAACUAUGCUAAAAGAGCUGGAUAAACCCAGGAGGAAAUGUACUGAUACGAUUCCGACAUGUUCCAAUGUAUGUGGGAAACAGUUAUCGUGCGGGAAACAUACGUGUCCUUUUUCAUGUCAUACAGGUGAUUGUAUGGACCCAUGCUUAAUUAUUACAAAGACUCCAUGUACAUGUCACUCGAAGACGUUUCUUACUCCUUGUCAGCUUCAUGAUACCCCUCGCUGUAACAUCAAAUGCGAAUCGAAUAUGUCCUGUAGAAGACACAAAUGCAUGGAAAUAUGUUGUUCGGGGAAACCAGCUGCUAAGAAGCGAGAGAAAACUUUGUUCCUGAAAAGAGACCUUAACAAUGAGACUCUAGUAGAGCCUGAACAUGUCUGCUUAAAACAAUGUAAUUUAAAACUGAGUUGUGGGAUACAUGAUUGUACAUGGAAGUGCCAUCCUGGCAAAUGCCCACCAUGCUUGGAAUCGGAUCCAAAUGAUUUGGUAUGCCCGUGCGGGAAGACUGUCGUUCCAGCUCCUGUUAGGUGUGGUACCAAACUACCUCCGUGUCCAAAUCCUUGUAUAAAAAUUUCUGAGGGCCCAGCUCCGUGCGGACAUAGAGUUGGACCUCAUAAAUGUCAUCCUGCCGGUACAGACUGUCCUCCUUGUACGGCUAACGUGAUUAAAAAAUGCAGAUGUUACAAAAAGCACGAUAUGCGUACGUUGUGUCUUGUUCCAGACUCUCAGGUGGCCUGUGGUACCGAAUGUGGGCUGCCAUUAGCAACAUGUCAUCACAAAUGUCAGAAGAAAUGUCAUGUUGAAGGAGAAUGCGAAAUCAAAUGUGCCAAACCAUGCGGGUUGAAAAGAAGUUUAUGUGGACAUCUUUGUAAAGAAAAAUGUCAUGGUAAUUCACCAUGUCCGGAGAAAGUAUGCCAUGAAAAAGUCGUCAUCACUUGUGACUGCAAUCGUCGAACAAAACAGGUUGAGUGUGGUGCUACCCACGACACUCAAAGUAGAUCAGAAACUGAAAAAUUGCCAUGUGAUGAAGAAUGUGCAAAGUUGCAAAGGCAUAUGGAAUUGAUGGAGGCUUUUGGGAUGAAUGAAAAGCCCAAAAAUACAAAAGAGCAACUGGAAUCCAUUGUUCUUGUUGCUAAAAAAUUUGAUGAUCUAAAUAUGCCUUACUCUGAAUUGGUCUUGAACGUUUACAAAAAACAAGUGAACUGGUGUGAUCAAAUUUGUGCUGUUUUUGAUAAAUUCAUAGAGGACACUCAAAAAUUAAGUCUUCAUUUGAAACCAAUGAGAGUACCACAGCGUCAAUUUAUCAAAGAGUUGGCAUCUGCAUACGCUCUCUACUCCGAAAGUCAAGAUCGAGAACCAAAUAGAUCAGUUUACCUAAAAAAGAUCCAAUCACAAUCUAAGAAGCCGGAGUUAACACUCAAGGACGCAUCAGAACUCUAUCAACUAUUUAAAACAUUAGAAAAGGAAAGAAUGCAAGAACAUUACUCAACAAAAGUCACGAAAACCUUAAUUAAUAUCCCCGCAUCCGAGACACCUUUACCGGCCCCAUACGAGGGCCCUAAUGCAAUAGUCAUUUCCGGAGUGUUCGAUUCAAGCCAAAUAGAUAAUAUCGAACCUCUGGUGCAUGAUUUCUUGAAGUAUACUUUAGUGAAAACACCUCAAUAUCGCUUCUUGAAAGACUUAAACUCAGUUUUGAUUUUCCCAGAGAAUUAUUCGGGUAUAACAAAAAACACUGCAAGUGAUAUGGAAAAAGUCAUUCCGUUUAUAAAGACAGCACUACAAGAUCAAAUGUUGGCUACAGGUGUGGAAAUGUGUCAAGUUGAUGAGAAUUUGUCCCUAGUGUCUCAAGCAUAA